AUGGCUUUAGAUGCUCAGGGCAAGGCCGAGGCCCCACACACGGGCACCACCAUCGUGGCGGUGACGUUUGACGGCGGCGUUGUGCUCGGCGCGGACGGGCGCGUCAGCACAGGCACAUACAUCAGCAACCGCGCAUCAAACAAGAUUCAGCAGCUCACAGACAGCAUCUACCUCCUUAGAUCCGGCAGCGCGGCGGACACGCAGGCCAUUGGCGACUAUGCGCGGUAUUUUUCGGAGCAGCUAGCAGCGGAGCUGGGCCGUGCCCCAAACGUCUCCACUGUCGCCAAGCUGGUGUCUACGAUGAACUAUCAGAACAAGGAGAUGCUGAUGGGGGCCAUGAUCGUGGCGGGGUAUGACGAGCAGAAGGGCGGCCAGGUGUACGGCUGCCCCAUUGGCGGCUCGCUGGUGCAGGAGCAGUGGGCGGUGGACGGCAGCGGCUCAACCUACAUCUGGGCAGCACUUGAUGACGGUUUCAAGGAGGGGAUGACGCGCGCUGAGGCAGAGCAGCUGGUCGUGGACGCGCUGUCACUCGCCAUGGCCCGCGAUGCGUCCAGCGGCGGCAUUAUCCGCACUGUCACUCUGGACAAGGCUGGUGCCACAGUCAAGUACGUGCCAGGCAACGAGGUGCCCACCUGGUUCGAGGACCUGCCAGCGCCUGGCACAGCGAUGGCUGUUGGUUAG